AUGCCUAAACGUUCAUUGAUAUCACCAACUCAACCAAGAACGAAGCGGAAGACGCCUUCAACACCGAAUGUUCCUUUGAACAAGAGCACAAACAACAAUAAUAACAGUAAUGAUAAUGGGAAUGGCGUAGUUGCUGCUUCAAAUGCUGUUCCAGCUUCAAUCAAUGAAUAUGAAUUAGUUUCAUCACAAACUUGGGCACAGAUCGGAUCAUGUUCAUUAGCUUUGAAUCUUUAUAAAUUGGCCAUCAAAUCAUUUGAUAAUUCAUUAAGACAUUUACCAGAUAAUGUGGAUUCCAUAGUUGGAUUAUCUAAAUCUUUGAAAUUAGAACAAGAGGAGGUUCAUUCACUUGCUGGAUUUAAACACUCUACAGAACUCAUUAUUUCAGCUAUUCAACAAUUUCCAAACCUGAAUAAUGAUAUCAAAUUAUGGAGGGAAUUAAGUGAAUCACAUUUGGGUUUAAAAGAAUAUGAACAAGCACACCAAGCAAUAACAAGAGCAUUGAAUUUAAAUCCAAAUGAUACUGAAUUGUUAUAUUUGAAUUCUGAAAUUUUGAUGAAAUCUAAAAACUAUGUCUAUGUGAAGCAUAUCUUGCAUACUAUUUUAUCCAUAUAUCAAAACAAGACCAAUGAAUUGGUUAAUGAGUUGGAUCAUGAAAUAAUAAGGAACACACAUGCCAAAUUAGCUCAACUGUUCAUACUGGAGAAUAACUUCAAGUUUGCUAUUAAUGAGUUCAAAUUGGCCAUAUCAUCGCCAUUACCAUCAACAACAUCAAAAUAUGAAGAAUAUGCAUCAAUAUGGAUAAAUUUUGCUUUAUUGAAAGAACGUUUAAACCAGUUUGAUGAAGCUUUCCAAAUCAUUAAUGAUGCCAUUAAUCUAUUAGGCAACAUUCCAAGACUAUUAAUAGCAAAUGCUUAUUUCUUAUUGAUACCAGUAACAAAGUUUUUUGAUCCAACAAUGGCUAUUCAGUUAUUAGAAAGAGCUAUUAACCAACAACGUUCAAAUACAGGUAAUGAAGAUAAUGAUGAUAGUGAUUUCUUGACAUGGUAUCUUUUGGGACGUGCUUAUUCUUUAAUUGAUUCACCAAGACAAGCUUAUGAUACUUUUCAAAUAUCAUUAGGGAAAGGUCCAUCAUCACCAUUACCUUGGCUGGCUGUUGGUUCUUUAUAUUUGAAACUGGGUCAACUACCAGAUGCAUUGGCUGCUUACUCUCAAGCUGCAAGAUUACAAGUUGAAGGGCCAGAUGCUACAAUCAGUCAAAUUAUUGCGUCAGCUACUGCUUGGGAUGGAUUGGCUUGUGUUUAUGAACGUUGUGAUGAUCAAGCUCAUGACGCUGCGGAUGCUUGUCUUCGUGCUGCUGCCUGUUUUAGAAGUGCUGGUGAUUUGAGGGCUAGUAGCCAAGCUGAACAAAGAGCACAUUCAUUAACUACAGCUUCAAGAGGCGAGGCUCCACCUCCAGCAUUGAAAGGUCCACCAGAUACUCCAAUUGUUCUUUUGAGAGACUUGAUUGGAAUGUUUCCAAGAGACAUUAGUGAAUCAUAUCAAGAUCCUCCACAACAACAACAACAACAGCAACAACAAGCUCCAAAUCAACAGUCACGUCAACCUUCAGGUCCAAUCCCUCAACAAGUCCAAGUUCCACCACCUCAGCAACCUCAACCUCCAAGAUCUGUACAAACUACACCAAGAAUCGAGACACCAAAGCAAUUUCAUCAUUUACCAUUACCACGUCAAUCCUUAGCAGCUGGACGUUCAAAUACCCCAGAUGGAGCUUCAACUCAUCAAAAUAAUACACCACCUCAACAACAACAAGCUACAUUUCCAGGUGGCCCACCACCUCAACAAAUUGCACGUCCAAUACCACCACAACAACAGCAACAACCAGCAUUCAUGACAGGUCCUUUACCACCUCCUCCACCACAUGGAGUUCCAAUGGGGUCUACGCCUACAACUACAAUUGCCAUUCCUGGACCACCAGGAGUUUUGGGAAAUGGGAAUGGUAAUUAUCCACCACCUCCACCACCUGGUUAUGCCUAUGUGAAUGGACAACCUAAUGCUUUCGUGCAAUGGAGAUGA